AUGAACCAGACCAACCAGACCUGGGUUACAGAAUUUCUCCUUUUGGGGCUCUCUGAUGACCCUCAGACUCAGGUGCUGCUCUUUGUAUUGUUCCUGGGGGUCUACCUGGCUACUGUGGUUGGGAGCUUUCUCCUCAUCUACCUGGUUCUGACUGACUCACAACUUCAUACACCCAUGUACUUUUUUCUGUGCAACUUGUCUGUGGCUGACCUCUGCUUCUCUACCAACAUUGUUCCCCAAGCCAUGGUCCACAUGCUGACCAGGAAGAAGGUCAUUUCCUUCAUGGGCUGUGCCAUUCAACUUUUUCUUUUCCUCAUUUUUGGAGCUACUCAGUGUGCCUUGUUAGCUGUGAUGUCUUAUGACCGGUAUUUGGCAAUCUGUGACCCCAUGCACUACCCUAUCAUCAUGACAAGAAAGAUGUAUGGCCUCUUGGCCUUGGGGUGCUGGGCCAGUGGUCUUCUAAUAUCCUUGGUGGACACUACAUUCACACUACGACUCCCCUUCCAAGGAGACAACAAGAUUGCUCAUUUCUUUUGUGAGGCCCCUGCCCUCCUGGCUGUGGCAUCUGCAGACACUCAGAACUCACAAAUGGCCAUUUUCCUCAUGGGAGUGGUGAUUCUUCUUGCACCUGUGUCCCUUAUCUUGGCAUCCUAUAGCUCUAUUAUUGUGACUGUGGUCAGGAUGAAGACAACCUCUGGGAGACUCAAGGCAUUUUCUACCUGUGGCUCCCACCUCCUUGUAGUGAUCCUUUUUUAUGGAACAGCAAUAAUUUCCUACAUGACCCCCAAGUCCUCCAAAGAGCAGGCCAAACUGGUUUCUGUGUUCUAUGCAGUGAUAAACCCUAUGCUUAACCCUAUCAUCUAUAGCCUGAGGAACAAGGAUGUAAAGAGGGCAUUCAGGAAUGCAACCAACAGGGGGAAAUCCUGUAGACCCUGA